AUGACCAGCACCCAUUCGAAUGGCUCGGAAGUGUCUGAGCAGGGAUCUCAGGAGCCAAUUGAAAAUAGGCAAAGUACUGGAUCGGGGGCCGAUGCACCGGCUGCAGAAAAUGAAAACGCAGAUUCCAAUGGCGCAAAUGGUGGCGAGAAUGCUUUCGAUAACGUCGAACGGCCAACCACCUAUGUGGAGGACGAGAACCAGCUUGAAGCUGACUCGGAGAUUCUACAAGAGUUUGAGGACGACUGCGAGUCCAUUGACGUUUCGCACAUGAAGAUCAUGUCGCUCAAACCGCUCGGACUGUCUAGGUUCCAAAACCUCAAGUCUAUUUGCUUCCGACAAAAUCUCCUGACAUCGAUGCAGGGGAUCGAGGAUCUGCCCGAGGAAAUGGAAGAGAUUGAUUUUUACGAUAAUCGUCUAAGCCACAUGGACCGCCGUUUGGAGAAGUUUGGAUCUCACAUCAAGUCUCUAGAUCUCAGCUUCAACAAUUUCCGGCACAUCAAGCAUCUGCAGAACAUGACUCAAAUGACCGACUUGUAUUUGUGUCAAAACGAUAUCGGUAAAAUCGUCAACCUGAACUGCCUAACAAAUCUCACGAACUUGGAGCUGGGAGCCAAUAGAAUCAAAACCAUCAGGGGUUUGGAGAAGCUCGUCAACCUUGAGCAGUUGUGGCUUGCUCGCAAUAAAAUAUCAAAAAUUGAGGGCCUGGAGACACUCAAGAACCUCAAGUUGCUUUCCAUUCAGUCAAACCGUAUCACCACGAUCGAGGGUCUGGAAGAGCUCACCAAUCUUGAGGAGUUGUAUAUUUCGUACAACCAUCUUGAAAAGAUCGAGGGCCUUGAAAACAAUACCAAGCUGACCACCAUCGAUGUCGCAAGAAACCGCAUUUCUGAGCUCGGCGGCCUGGAUCAUCUCACCAACCUCGAAGAGCUGUGGGCGUCUGGCAACCAGCUGACCAGUUUUGAAAACGUCGAGCAGCAGCUGAAGCAUCUACCGAAUUUCCAUACCAUUUACUUGGAACAAAACCCCUUGCAACGCACGGCCGGCGCUACGUACCGCAACAAAGUGCGGCUUGCUCUUGGUACUUCUUUACAGCAGAUUGAUGCCACGCCCAUUCGAUAG